AUGCAGAAGCCACCACAAGUCCAUGAAUUUGCCUUGAAGGAGACUUCGCCCAACAUUGGGGCAGGGACAUUCACAGGGGACAAGCUAUCCUGCACCUAUGAUCUGGUUGAACAGAUGCAGUACCUCUAUGUUCGUGUGGUCAAAGCCAAGGAUUUGCCUGCAAAAGAUAUCACUGGUAGUCUUGAUCCCUACGUUGAAGUGAAGCUUGGAAACUACAAGGGACUUACCAAGCAUUUUGAGAAGAAGUCCAAUCCUGAGUGGAAUCAGGUCUAUGCCUUCUCGAAAGAUCGGAUUCAAGCUUCAGUUUUGGAGGUGAUUGUCAAAGAUAAGGAUGUUGUUUCAGAUGACUUCGUAGGGAGGGUGUGGUUUGAUCUGAAUGAGAUCCCAAAACGUGUUCCCCCAGAUAGUCCAUUGGCUCCACAGUGGUAUAGGCUGGAAGAUCGCAAAGGUGACAAAGCCAAGGGAGAGCUAAUGCUGGCAGUUUGGAAAGGAACCCAAGCAGAUGAGGCAUUUCCUGAUUCAUGGCAUUCUGAUGCAGCAAUGGUUUCCUCUGACGGGGUUGCAAACAUAAGAUCAAAAGUUUACCUCUCUCCCAAGCUUUGGUAUGUAAGGGUUAAUGUAAUUGAAGCUCAGGACUUGGUACCAACCGACAAAAGCCGGUAUCCUGAAGUUUCUGUGAAGGUUAAUCUGGGGAAUCAGAUUUUAAGAACUAGAGUAUCUCACAUUAAGACCAUAAAUCCUAUGUGGAAUGAGGACUUGAUGUUUGUUGCUGCAGAGCCAUUUGAGGAACCCUUAAUUCUGACUGUGGAAGACAGGGUUGGACCGAACAAAGAUGAAGUCUUGGGAAGGUGUAUGAUUCCUUUACACGUUGUGCAAAGGAGGUUGGACCAUAAGCCUGUGAACACUAGGUGGCAUAAUCUUGAGAAGCAUGUGAUAGUUGAAGGGGAAAAGAAAGAGAUCAAAUUUGCAAGCAGGAUACAUUUGAGGGUGUGUUUGGAUGGCGGAUAUCAUGUGUUGGAUGAGUCAACUCAUUACAGUAGCGAUCUUAGGCCAACUGCCAAGCAGCUAUGGAAGCCCAGCAUUGGAGUUCUAGAGGUGGGGAUCAUAAAUGCACAAGGGCUGAUGCCAAUGAAGACAAGAGAUGGUCGAGGAACCACAGAUGCUUAUUGUGUAGCUAAAUAUGGACAGAAGUGGAUCCGUACCAGGACAAUUGUAGAUAGCUUUGUUCCAAAGUGGAAUGAGCAGUACACUUGGGAAGUUUUUGAUCCAUCUACUGUUAUUACAGUAGGGGUCUUUGAUAAUGGUCAUAUACAUGGAGGAGACAAAUCCGGUGGAUCAAAGGAUUCUAGGAUAGGGAAGGUGAGAAUCAGGCUAUCCACUCUUGAAGCUGAUAGGGUUUACACACACUCGUAUCCUCUUUUAGUACUGCAUAAUUCAGGUGUGAAGAAAACAGGAGAACUGCAUUUGGCUGUCAGGUUCACAAGCUCAUCUUUCAUCAAUAUGUUGUUUAGGUAUUCCAUGCCACUGUUGCCAAAGAUGCACUACAUCCAUCCUCUAUCUGUGAUUCAGCUAGACAGUUUGAGACAUCAGGCCAUGCAGAUUGUAGCAAUGAGGUUGAACCGGGCUGAGCCACCGCUAAGGAAAGAGGUUAUAGAAUACAUGCUUGAUGUGGAUUCACAUAUGUGGAGCAUGAGAAGGAGCAAAGCUAAUUUCUUCAGAAUAAUGAAAGUUCUAGGCGGUUUAAUAGCCUUUGGGAGGUGGUUUGAUCAGAUAUGCAAUUGGAAAAACCCAAUCACUUCCAUACUAAUUCAUGUCCUUUUCAUAAUAUUGGUUCUUUACCCUGAGCUAAUACUCCCCACAAUUUUCUUGUACCUGUUUUUGAUUGGAAUUUGGAACUUCAGAUGGAGGCCAAGACACCCUCCACAUAUGGACACUCGACUGUCUCAUGCUGAUGCUGCUCAUCCUGAUGAAUUAGAUGAAGAGUUUGAUUCAUUCCCAACUUCCCGGUCAUCGGAUAUGGUUAGGAUGAGAUAUGAUCGUUUAAGAAGCAUUGCAGGGAGAGUCCAAACUGUUAUAGGUGACAUGGCGACUCAAGGAGAAAGGUUCCAAAGUCUGUUAAGCUGGAGAGAUCCAAGGGCUACCACUCUUUUUAUAACAUUCUGUUUGAUUGCUGCUUUAGUUUUCUAUGUUACUCCCUUUCAGGUUGUGUGCCUCCUCCUUGGCUUCUAUGUGCUAAGGCAUCCCAGAUUCCGCCAGAAAUUUCCAUCAUUCCCACUCAACUUCUUUAGGAGGUUGCCUGCUAGAUCAGACAGCAUGUUGUAA